AUGUCGUUGAUGACCAUCAACGACACUCAAGGGUCCUCUUAUUUCAUGGUUAUUCGAGAUGUUCUUAACUGUACCGUGAGCAAUGUGGAAAAGGACUUGAAUGUCACCUGUUCAUCCAAUAGUUUGAAAACAGUCGCCAGUGUGUAUAGUCCUUUACUUCAGGGCUCAAUAAAGAUGAAACACAACCCAGCGGAGUGUAACUUGGAACCUGUCAAUGAAAUAUGCGUUUCCCUGGUACUAUUUACAAAAUCUGAGUAUCUUCAGUGCUUCAAGACUUUCAAUUCACUAUCUGACAUGCCCAAAGCAAUGGAACAAGAAGAAAGAUGCAGAAUUUACGCACACUCUCUUCGAUGUGUUGAAGAAAACAUAGCAGAUUGUGAGGCACGCAGAAUCCACAAACUAAUCAAUUCCAGCAGCUUAGAAAUUACCAGAAUAAACGGCAGCGUUUAUGAUCCUGAAUGCACAGUCUUGGAACCCUCUCAGUCGUUCUGUGAUGACGAAGAGACUCUACUUCUAUACAUAUAUGGGAAGUGUUAUAUUGACCUGCUGAUUCUCUCACGGACUACCUGCUUUAUGGUGGGUUCUCUUAUGGACUGUGUUUAUAACCAAACAGGAGAACUGUAUUUUAACUGCUCCAAAACUUCCAUCAGAUCAGCUCUACGUAAUGCUACCUCCUUUUAUGAGAGGAAGUUUCCCGGCUAUGGUCAACAAAUUACGACUUGUAUAUCACUUAAUGCUGUCUUAGUUCCUGCCUGCACAGUAGAAAGUGUUGUAAUAGACAAUGCUGAUAUAUACUGCAAAUCAACACUGGCAAUUCUUCAAGCUUCAUGUAGUUCGACAUCCGUCAAUAUGUACCUGGGAUGUAUUUGGAAUGCAAUGAAUAUGACCAGCAACUACUGCACAGAAGAUGAAGUUCGCUCUGUUAUGGCCAACGCAACGUAUUAUUAUGAAAAACUAUUUCCAGGGGAGGGUCUAAAGAUGACCAAGUGUAUAAAAACACAGGAAAGAGGAAAUUGCACAGUGGACAAGGAAUUCUUUAGCACACCAGAUUAUAUACGCUGCAUAGCAUCAUAUGAUUAUGGAAUAAGAUCUGGCCGUGGUGGUAAUUUAACUGAAACAAAAUGCAGAACAUACCAGAGGAGCUUAGAAUGUACCAAUAAACUUAACCCAGCGUGUUCUGUCGAGGAUUAUAAUACAAUGAUUUCUUUGUACUAUAAAUCUUUAGAAAGUGCUUUACUGGAUCCGUCAGAAUGUCCAACGUACAAAUGUGAGGAAAACAAAAUUAUGGAAAUGAUUUCUAAUGAUCAGAGAGUUUAUGACAGUGUUCUCCCGGGAUCAGGACUAGCCAUUACAGCUUGUAUCUCACAGUUCCUAUCCAAAACAAGAGUAAAGAGAGUGGCUUUCACGAUAAAGAUGACGUCAGGCUUCUUUUGGGACGAUUCGUUGCUGAAUCCAAAAUCCUCUUAUUUUCAAGAUUUGAAUAAAAUCAUCGCUGGAAAUUUUGAGAAAGCUUUUGGUGCGGUCCCGGGACUUCUCAAUGUUACUGUUUCCUCCUUUAGGAAAGAUACAAAAUAUUUGGACAUGGCAUUUAGAUAUGAUAGUUCUAUGUUGUCUAUAGCUGAUGCUACUGAUGCAAUCCAAUUGGUCGUCCAGAAUCGGACAAUUUAUAGACUUCAAGUGGAAAACUACUUUCUAUACAGAGGGGAACUAAAGGAUGGCGAGUGUCCAUCUACACAGAGCAACAGGGAGUGUCUCGAGGAAUGUCAGAUGGACAGUAACUGCACAGGGUCUGAGAAAUGUUGUUAUAAUGGGUGUGGGCGCACUUGUCAAGAACCGGAGUCUGGCAUCCAUCCUUGUGAAGAUUACGAGUAUAUAGGACAGAUAGGAGAGCAAUGUUCUGAGAUUUUCGCACAAAAUCUGACAACAGCUUCCAACAGGGAAGAGUUCUGUCUCGUGACUGAAAAGUUCUUGACGUGUGUAUCUGAAGGCAUUUCAACGGAAAAAAAUGUUCAAUGCUUGCAAGAUCAACUCACUGCAGCUAUCAAAACAUUCGGACCUAUAAUGAAAUCAAUGAUGAAGCUUCAGUCUGAUCCUGCUGAUUGUUAUGAAGACUUGACUACACAAAUAUCGACAACAUUGGAAAUUACCACUCCUCAAACAUUUACAGACCCUUAUACAACAACUCAAUCUGUAUUACUUCGCUACUGUCGAGACAGUAACACAAUUAUUUCAAAGGGUUGGAGAUGUGUUGUUCCUGUAGUAAUGAAUAUUACCACAGCCAGGAACUUUGCGGAAUAUUGCAGCCUUGUUGAUGUGGUGUAUAUAUGUAUAAUGGAUGGAAUGGCGGCUGAUUACAACUUGACUUGUAGAAAAAGUGAUAAAGAAUUUGCUAUUGACUUGUUUAGUCCUAUGUUUAAGACUGCAUUCAACUUGAAGUACAAUCCAGGAGACUGUUUUGCGCAUGAAACCACAUUGAGUACUUUUCCAUGGAUAUCAACAGAGCCUACGACAUUAUUACCUACCAUUUCAACCACCAUAGCAACAAUGACUACGGCCUCGACUCCCUCCCCAUUAUUAGCUAAAUGCAGCGAUAGAGACGUAAUUCUGUCCAAAACUUUACCUUGUGUUCUUCCAAAUUUUGUCCACAUCACAGCAGCAGAGAAUAAGGAAUUUUGCAGAAUUGUUGACCUUAUAUUUGUCUGUAUCAUGACCGAAAUAGGAUCAGAGUAUUCUGUCCUGUGCAGGGAAAAUGACAAAGAAGUAGCCAUUGCAUUUUAUGGCCCUACUCUUCAAUCCGAACUAAGCCUUAUUUCUAAUCCUGUCGACUGUUAUUCAAAAACUUUGAGCACAGGAACAAUGCCAUCAACAUCACCAUUUUCUACGGAACCAAGCACAAAAACUACAGAAACCAUUCAAAGUACCUCAACUGAAUUUUUAUCCACAACGAGGACUUCUCAAAAGUUCGAAUCGACGAAAAUGACGACUCUUUCUUCAAAAAUAACACCAACAACAGUCACAAGGCCACCGUUUUCUGGAAAAUGUCGUGAUAAUCUUGUAGUUUUGUCAAAAGGCUGGCAAUGUACGUUGCCAUUAUUUUUGAAUGUUACAACUGCCGGUAACUUAUAUACGUUUUGUAGUUCUGUUGAUAUGAUAUUUGACUGUAUAAUGGGUGGAAUUGAAUUGGAUUAUGGAGUAGAGUGCACAGAAGAAGAUAGGGAUAACGUUACAUUUUUCUAUACCCCAAGUCUGCAAUCAGCCAUGGCAUUGAAAUAUGAUCUUAAGGAGUGCAUUUUACUAAAACAGACAACAUUUUCUUCUGAAAGCUCUAUGAGACCAACAACAGAAUCUUCGUUAUUAGCAAUAUGUGUAGACAGCGAUACAAUCCUAUCCGUGGGAUGGAUCUGUGCACUUCCACUGUACAUGAAUAUAUCUAAAGCAACCGAUAUGGCGGUGUUCUGUAGUGUGGCAGAUUCAGUGUAUUUAUGCAUUAUGGAAAAGAUCAGUUCCCAAAUCAAUGUCCAAUGUACAGGCCGUCACAAAGCAACUGUAAUUCGUACAUACAGCGCAAGUCUUCAGUCUAUUUCAAUCCAGUCCUUUAAUCCCAGACAAUGCUAUGUAAUGACUACCACUACUGAGAGUAUAACAUCAUUGCCACUUACAAGCACCACUGACAAUCCAUUGUUGGCGAAAUGUCAGGAUAGUGCUUCCAUAACGUCGGCAGCCUACAUUUGUGUGCUUUCAUUGUAUAGUAACAUGACAACUGCAGAAAACAAUUCUACUUUUUGUAGCGUAAUAGAAGUUGCUUUCUCCUGCAUCAUGAACAUGAUAGAAACUAAUCACAACAUCCGCUGUCGAAAGGAGGACAAGGAGAUAAUGAUCACCAGCUAUGGGCCUGAUCUGAAAAUAAAUCUCAACCUAAAAUUCGAUCCAAUUGAAUGUUACACUGGAAUGUUACAAAGAUCGGAACGAGUCGUGAGAUCCACUAGGUUUAGGAGAAGUUCCAUAUCACUAUGCCAAGACGAUGUGACGCUUUUCUCUAAGGGAAUAUUUUGUAUGGUUCCUGUGUAUAACAAGGUUAUAAAUGAAAAUUCAUCAUUCCAAAGGUUUUGCAGCCUUCUUCAAAACUUUACUCUCUGUGUGAUGACUGAAAUGGCUGCAGAACAUAAUGUGUCGUGUGGUCAGUCAGAAUACGAUACCUUUAUCACGACUCAUAGUCCCAGCAUGCAAACGACCAUGGGCCUGACUUUCAAACCAUUGGAUUGUUUGAUGAUGUCAUCUACAACAGUCGAGGGACCUACCACUACACCUACGAUAGAGGCAACAACUACUCCAUUUAAUCCAUGCCAAGAUCCAGAUCACAUUUUUAUUAACUUGAUGCCCUGUAUCGGUCCUGUCUUUCUCUCUUUGAAAACGGAAAGUAACUUCACUGUAUUUUGUUGGAUGACUUCCGACAUUUUUGAGUGUCUCAUAAACAAAAUCGAGACUUCUUUAAAUACGACCUGUUCUGGAACUGAUUCUGCAAGCGCUGUUCAAGUCUAUGGAUCAACGAUUUACAGUAAAUUAACGCUGACAUAUAAUCCAGUUCUUUGUUAUAAAAACAAAAGUAGCUCCGAGUCUAGUCCAACACUGCUGCCAUCAGCAUCGAUUACAACAUCUCCUUUGAUAAAAUCUAGUGUCGGGACUGUACAUCCAAAGAUAUCAAGAACAGAGGCUCCAUUUAUCAUAUCCAGUCCAACAUUUCUUCCUACAGCAACUACAGCACCUCUUUUGAUCAAUUCAACUGUAUUCAUUACAGUUUCUCCUUUAGUCAACUCCAGCUUAUCAUUGCCUCAAAUUGAAUCCGUAACAUCUCUUUUUAUCGAAUCUAGUUCAGCAAUGAUUCCAUCCAAAUCUACUACAGCAUCUCCUUCCACUUUCUCCAGUGCAGUAUUUUAUUUGACGACUGAAUCUAGCACAGUCCAGACAACUGCUGAGCCAGGUCCUUGCCAAGACCUAAACAAGGUCACUCUACAUGUGUUAUCGUGUGCUGGGCCUAUCAUCUCCUCCCUUCCUUCAGCAGAAAAUUCGGAAGUAUUUUGCAGAUUGUUUCUUCAAGUCUUUGAUUGCAUUGUGAACAAAACAGAAACGACCUCAAACGUAUCAUGCUCACCAGACGAUAAAGAGAUCCUUGUCGAAUCGAUCGGAUCUCAGAUAAUUAGUGCACUCUUAAUACCAUAUGACACUAAUCUUUGUUAUGAUACCACGACCAUCACUACAACAAGUAGUACACCUUUUGCAAGAGAAAGCACUGCCACUACGACGACUGAACCAAAGCAUUGUAGGAAACCAAGUCAAAUUAAUUCAGAAAUUCUACCAUGUCUUGGACCAUUGUUUCCAUCUAUUACUUCUGCCCAAAAUCUUCAAGUAUUUUGCAGAUUGAUGGUGAAUGUGUUCAGUUGUAUUAUCAAUAACAUAGCUCUGAACUCUAACAUCUCGUGUUCAGAACAUGAUCGCCUCUUUGUUAUUCGAUCGUUUGCAGCACAGCUAGACCAGACUAUCUCAAGUCCAUUUAAAAUUAUGGAAUGUACUGAGCUGAUUUGGGGAUCUUUUACAACAUCUUCUAGUUAUGAGAAUGUAACGCAGACGACACCUACGUCAUCUUCAGCAAGUAGUGUAUUAACAAAUACUACACCACAGUUAUUCUCUACAAGCUCCAGUCCUACAACAUCCGCCACGGGAUUACAGUGCAGAGGAAAGUCUGAAAUUUUUGCACAAGGAAUACAUUGUAUUGGACCGCUGUAUAGAAAUUUUUCCACUGAGACAGAAUUUGCAGUUUUUUGCAGACUGCUGCACUCUGUUUUCCACUGCAUUAUGGGCCGUAUUGAAAUGAAGUAUAAUACAACUUGUUCGACAUCAGAUCUGUUAGCAGUAAAAUUAAUGUAUGGAACAGAAAUACACAAAAGCAUCCCGUUGAAUUUUGAUCCAGAUGAAUGCCCAGAGAGUACAAACUGUUUUGAAGUAAUGAAGGAUGAAAGAUACCCAAAAUGCUUUAGAACAUUUUUAUUGUAUGAAAAAUUAAAAGCAAACAUUUAUAAUCUUCAGCUCUCCGCUUUAGAGACAUGCAGCUUGUACAGAGGCAGUUUGCGAUGUAUAGGCAGUUAUUACAGCAGUUGCAGCAUUAAAGACAUCCACACUGUCAUAAGCCAUUAUCUUGUCUCCUUGAAUUCAACAAUUAAUCCAUCUAUUUGUUCAGUGAAUGAUACUUACCCUUCUGUGUGCGAAGAUGAUGAAUUCUCCUUACUGGCGAUUCAUGCAGACUGUGGAUUCUAUCCCAUUCUUAUACCGUUCGAUUGCCACAGACAUGUGUUGGACUUUAUCAAUUGCGCAGCAAAGAGCCUUUCUUUUCUUAACUGUAACACUGAUAGCUUCUGGAGAGCUUUGACCAUUCUGUCUUCCUCAAACGCAAGCUUCUUUGACAGGGUUAACAUGGGUAGAGGAAAGGAUGUUAUAGCCUGUAUUGAUCAGAUAAUGGUUUCAAUGACAACCCUCUCUACCCCUAUGCCUACUGAGCCUCCAGGAGAAGUUAGCAAACUGUCCUUUUCAAUUAUUCUUUCUGAUGUUUACUGGAAUACAACUCUUCUGGAUGUGAUGUCUGAUUAUUAUCGUACACUCACUGGCUACAUUGAUGGUAAUAUAGCAGUAGUAUUUGGAUCUGAUCCAGCAUUCUUACAAAUUGAAGUUGUUUCAUACAGAAAGAAUUUUGACAAUCUUACGAAAGUGGACCUCGAAGUCACAUACAACAGUUCUAUACAUGCUGCACCAGAUGUUUAUGAACAGCUAAAGAGGCAAAUUAACUCAGGGCUCUUCUACAAUCUGUCAGUUACAUCAUAUCUGCUUUUUGAUGGAAAUACAAGGAAUUCUAGUUGUCCUAUCGUGACGUCAGUGUCAACAAUCUGUCACGAUGUGUGUGUUCAAGACACGGACUGUUCAACCAGUGAGAAAUGCUGUUCCAAUGGAUGUGGGCGAAUCUGUCAGAAUAGCACAGAAAUCAAGUCAUAUUAUGAUCUCAGAUAUCCAGAGUUUCCAAUACUUCAACAGAAUGCCGAACAAAUGCUCGUCUCGGUAACAUUACCAGACUACCAAUGGACUGUUGAAUUGCUGGAUCCAAAUUCAUCUUUCUACAGAGAAAUACAAAAGGCAGUUGUUACAAAUUUUGAAGAACAGAUGAAGACGUCCACAGAAUUCAUUCGAUUUGAUGUCUCGUCACUAAGGAAUAGGCCAUUAGUGACUGCAGACGUCAUUGUAACAUACAACAAAAAUCGUAUCAGUUCUUCAUCGGUGGUCAAUGUCUUGUACAUGCUUUCUGGACAUGGGUUUAUACAUCAACUACGAAUUCAAGGAGACCUCAAAUUUGAUAAAAAGGUAAAACCAGGGGUCUGUCCAUAUUUCUCCAUGGCUGUUUUCAGAACCUGUCUAGACACUUGCACUGGAGACACUUCUUGUUCAGGAAAAUGGAAAUGCUGUUUCAAUGGAUGUGCACGCAGUUGUAUUGAUCCAGAUGACGUGGGAGUGACGCCGACAGUAACCAGCACGAAGUCAGGCACAACUCUAACAACGGGAGCCAUUACUAAAGUUUCUAGAACAUACAGUACGACUGAAACCAUGCCCCAGCAACCAACCCCAUUACCUUCGAGUGGGCAGCAGAUGUCUGUAACUAUAGAAUUAGCAACAUAUAGCUGGUCUGAUGAGUUACUCCUUAACAUUUCAACAUAUUAUCAAGAACUGACGAGAAUUGUGACAGAAAGUUUUCGAGAACAAUUCAGCGGAAUGCAAGCAUUUUUGGGAGUGGAGGUUAAAUCAUUCAGAUCUGGUGGAGUGUUUGUUGAUUUAAAUCUCUCAUAUGAUGGUACACGUACUGAUGCUGCUAGUCUGGUUAACACUAUUUUCCUGUUGCUCAAUCACGGUUACAUACAUCAGUUACAAGUUACCGACUAUCUGCGGUAUGAUUAUGUUGUCAGGGAUGGCACUUGUCCUGCGGUAACAAGAGUAGCUUCAUGUUCAGAACAAUGUGCAGGUGAUAGUAGGUGCCCCGAUGUGCAGAAGUGCUGCUCUAAUGGGUGUGGUCAAACUUGUACAGAUGUAUGGAUGCCUGUUUCUACAUCAACAACUACUGAAAAGCCAUUGGUACAAAUUUCAACAACAACAUUGCCAGCAAAUGUGGGUAUUCUGUCCGUUACUAUGGAGCUCCAAGAUCAUGUGUGGGAUCCGUCGUUGUUAGAUACUCGAUCCACCUACUAUCAAGAGCUGGAGACCACCAUCAGAACCAAUGUUUUACAGCUGUUUAGUCAGACUAAAGGGAUUGCUGACGUUCAAAUUACAUCUUUUCGAUCAAAACAAAACCGUGUUGAUCUGGUCAUCUUGUACAAUGCGAACAGUGCUGUUCUCAUGGAUUUUAUCACCAAAAUGAUAGAAGCAAGGGAAAAGCAAGCUGUCCAUGACCUUAAAAUUACAAGUUACAUGACGUUUGAUACUCAACUGAAAGAAGGUACAUGUCCCCAAGCCUCGAUCAGUGGGUCCUGCUUUGAGGAUUGUAUGGGAGAUGGAACUUGCCCCGGGAUGGAGAAAUGUUGUUCCACAGGUUGUGGAAGACUCUGCACGCCAGCUAUACAAAUUCGCUGAUGUAACUGACGUUGCUGAUCACUGAAGUUGUAUUGACAACAUUUUGGGGAGUGGGAACAUUAAAAAUGUAUCCAUCAUAAUCAAUGAAUGGAGAUCAAUGACUGAAGGAAAAGAUGUUUUCCGUCGUCUAGCUUGACAAACGCCUGCAUACUUGUUAACAAUAUCAGUGGAAGAAAUGUUUAUGCCUAUUACUGUAAACAUAUAUUUUGUUAAUUUCGCAAAUAUAUAUUGAGGAAAAUAUA